CAAUGACCCAUGUAACAAGGAAGUGCUCAGCAGUCUUGUGAUCUCUGCCUGGAGUUCCUGCUUCCUGCUGCAGUUCAAAACUGUUCACAUUACAGGGAUUGCAGGAGCUGCAGUGGGUACAGGCUUUAAGAAGACAAAAUGCACUUAAUAUCUAUGGGCAUAAUCCUUGCCCUAACAACGCUCUGCUCUUCACUGGACAAUGGAUUGGUCAGGACACCUCCCAUGGGCUGGAUGACUUGGGAGCGCUAUAGGUGCAAUAUUGAUUGUAAAACUGACCCAGAGAAUUGUAUAGGUCAAAAUCUAAUAAAGAGUGUAGCAGAUAAAAUGGUUGACAGUGGAUGGAGAGAGCUUGGUUACGUUUACAUCAGCAUCGAUGAUUGUUGGGCCCUGAGGAAAAGAGAUUCUAAUGGACGACUCCAACCUGAUCCAGACAGGUUUCCGAGUGGUAUUAAGGCCCUUGCAGACUAUGUUCAUGCCAGAGGUCUGAAGCUGGGUAUAUAUGCUGAUAUGGGUAAUUAUACUUGUGGCGGCUAUCCUGGGACAACUUUGGACACUAUCAAGAUUGAUGCUGACACCUUUGCGUCAUGGGAAGUUGACAUGUUAAAAUUUGAUGGCUGCUACUCAAAUGCCUCAGAAAAGGCUUUAGGAUAUCCUAAAAUGAGUGAAGCUCUAAAUGCAACUGGGAGGCCAAUCCUGUAUUCCUGCAGCUGGCCUGCAUAUGAAGGAGGGCUUCCACCAAAGGUGAACUACACCUUGUUGGGCGAAAUCUGUAACAUGUGGAGAAACUUUGAUGAUGUUCAGGAUUCAUGGGACAGUGUGCUGAGCAUCAUAGAAUGGUUUGCUGUGAACCAGGAUAGUCUACAACCGGCUGCUGGCCCUGGGAGAUGGAACGAUCCAGAUAUGCUGAUUGUUGGUGAUUUUGGACUGAGCUAUGACCAAUCUAAAUCACAGCUGGCUAUUUGGGCAAUUCUGGCAGCCCCACUGAUCAUGUCCAAUGACUUGAGGACCAUCUCCGACGAUGCAAAGGAUCUACUGCAAAAUCGUCUGAUGAUAUAUAUUAAUCAGGAUCCUCUUGGGAAGCAGGGGAAACGGAUUGCAAAGGUUGGCCCUUUGGAGAUAUGGGUGAGAGAGCUGGUGGCAGAACAGUAUGCUGUGGCAGUGCUGAAUAAAGGAACUGAUGGCCUGCCAAGGCGCUUCACUACAAACCUUGCCCAACUGAAUAUAACAAAGAGCAGUUUUGGAUAUAAACUUUAUGAUGUCUUUGAAAAAGAAUACGUGGGAACUGUUAAACCAGAAGUAGCAUUCGAAAUGAGCAUCAACCCCACUGGCGUAGUUAUGUUGUUCGUUCGUCCAGCUUCUAUGUGGCAUCACUUUUUAUAAUGGAAACUUUGUCUACAACGUCAACUCAAGAGGUGUUAAAGGGGAACCAAGGGCCACAGAAUGUUGCAUUGAUUUAUCUCAGAAUCUGUUGGGCUUUUUUUCUGUGCUUAAAACUGCUGGUGGGAAAAAGUUAUUCAGAUCUUCCUUAAUCAAAUGCUAACCAGUACUACAUGUUUUUUUUAUUUUUUACAAAUGGAAUGAAUGCACUAUAUUUUCUAACAUGUAUUGCACCUCCUCAAAUCUUUACAGUAAUCAGUUUACAGUCAUUUGUAUGUAUGUAUUGUGCUAAAUAAGUGACAAAAUCUCCUGGCAUCAUAGAAAUUCAUUUAUACCCAUUUAAGUCUGCUCUAGAACGGAUACCCUGAGGUUAAGUUCAAAUACUGUAUUUUAGCCUCAGAAACUGCUUAUUUCACAGGCAUUAUACAUCUUAAAGGGGUACUCCGCUGCUCAGCCUUUGGAACAAACUGUUCCGAACGCUGGAGUAGGGAGCUCGUCACAUCAUAGCCCCACCUCCUCAUGACGUCACGCCCCUCCCAUAGACUUGCAUUGAGGGGGCAGGGUGUGACGUCAUGAGGAGGUGGGGCUAUGACGUCACGAGCUCCCGGCGCCAGCUCCAGCGUUCAAAACAGUUUGUUCCAAACGCUGAGAAGCGGGGUAGCCC